AUGUCUGACGAACAGAUACAGAACCCCGGCGCGGGCGACCACGCACAGAAGAACGGCAACCCGAACGGAAGUCCCUCAGCACCAAAUCCCCGCUCCUGCAUCACAUGUAGGAGACGUAAAGUCAAAUGCGACAAGAAGCAACCAUGCUCAAAUUGCGCGAGAGCAAGAAUUGAAUGUAUCUUUCCUGGUCCUGGGCGAGCGCCGCGCAAAAGCAGGAAACCACCAGAUGCAGAGCUACUGGAAAGACUGCGACGCCUGGAAGGUGUGGUGCAGAAUCUCAAUUCGCAGGUCGAAGAGCACGAACAGGAGGCCGCAGAGCGUGAGCGCGACAAGGAAAGCCGACAGGACAGCGCGAGCGAGAACUGCUUUGCCAGGGGUAGCGCCGACAACAGUCCUUCGGUGGCCGUGGACAAUAGCACAGAAGGGCUUGAAAACCGCUUUGGCAGGCUUGUUAUAGAAAACGGUAGAAGUCGCUACAUCAACAACAGCUUCUGGGCUAGUCUCAACAACGAAGUCGAAGACCUCAAAUCAGUUCUCAUCGAGCACUCCGAGGACGAAGACGACAUGGAUUCGCCAGGGUCAUCUGAACAAUCGGGUCAACAUCAGGGUUAUGUCUUUGGCCUGAGCUCCACCAACGUCGACAUGCGCGCACUACAUCCUCUACCUGAAGUUGCACUUCAGUUCUGGGCGGCGUACAAGGAAAAUGUCGAGCCUCUUAUUAAGGUGCUGCAUCUUCCUACUUUCGAAAUAACCUUAAAGGAUUCCUUAGAACGUCCUGAGAAGACCAGCAAGGGCACAGAAGCGUUACUAUUUGCCAUAUACUAUGGCGCCGUGACGAGCACAACAGCAGAAGAGUGCAUGCAGCGUUGGGGAGAGGACAGAUCGUCGCUCUUGCUCAAAUAUCGCUUUGCGCUGGAGCAAGCUCUUGCUCGGGCGAAUUUCCUAUAUUGCGACGAGACCGUCAUACUACAGGCUUUCGUCAUUUUUCUCAUUCUCUUAAGGCGUAAUGAUGACGCUCGUAAGAUAUGGACUUUGACGGGACUCGUCGUUCGUAUUGCUCAGACCCUUGGGAUACAUAGAGACGGCAGCCACUUUGGACUACCGCCCUUCGAGAUCGAGAUGCGUAGGAGGCUCUGGUGGCAGGUCUGCGUGCUCGAUGCAAGAUCAUCUGAAGAUCAUGGUUGUGAUCCUACGAUAGUCGAAGCGCAAUUCGACGCCAAGAUGCCGCUAAACGUCAACGACGCCGAUUUACACCCUGACAUGAUCGAACCUCCUCCGGAGCGUACUGGUUUCACAGACAUGACUUUUUGUCUUAUUCGAUUCGAGGUUGCCAACAUCUUCCGGCGCAUUCUAUACAUCCCACCAGGGCCCGUCAGAUGCACAUCGCUCUUUGCCAAUUUAUCAAUAAACGACAAAGAAAAAUGGAUUACAGAUUGCCAUCAAGCAAUGGAAGAGAAGUACUUGAAGAACUGUGACAUGACGGUUCCAAUCUGCUGGGUAAGUGCGACAAUAUCCCGACUCAUCAUGAGCAAGAUGUGGCUGGUUGUAUAUCAUCCACAUCAGCGCAAAGAUGGAGGAGCGUCACUUCCCCAGGAGACAAGAGACAAGCUCUUCAUCACUUCGCUGGAGAAUAUUGAGUACUCUAUAUUGCUCGAGACUGAGGCUCGCACUAUGAAAUGGGGUUGGCUUUUCCGCACUUAUGUGCAAUGGCAUGCCAUUGCUUUCCUACUGUCGGAGCUGUGCGUACGUACCAAGGGUGAGGCGGUGGAACGUGCUUGGCGCGCUCUCGAGGCCACAGCUGGACGUUGGUGGUUCCCACUCAACGAAGCCUCACCUUACCGCAAAGGCCAGCAAGGAUGCUUGUGGAAACCCCUCCGAAAGCUGCUAGCUAAGGCGAGAGCGGCAAGGGAGAGGGAAUUCAAGCUUCAGCAGGCGAGUCAAGCAGCCAUGAGUGGGCAACAUAUGGGUGGCGACUUCCCGUGGAUCGCGCCAAAUACUCUCAAUCCCGUCCCGGUCGAUCAACCGAGCUCGGCAGAUCUGGACAGACUCCUCAGACCUGCGGCACCCAAGCUGGGCGAAGUAUCGACGCGCGGAACCCCGUCGAGCUGGCCCGAGAGUCCUGAAAAUCCCAUUUCAAGCAGUCAAAUGGCUGGCUUUGAGGCCGGAGACCGCGUUCAAACCCAGAAAUCGCAAAGCAAAAGCUCAUCUAGUCUUGAGACUCAAACAGGAGCUAGCCCAGGGCAUCAAUUCAAUCAGCUGACAGACUUUGGGCUUGAUAACGUAAUUCUUGAUGUUAUGGAUGGGCAAGGCUACGCACCCUUCGAUCAUACCUUACAUGCUCAAGAUACGCAAAACCUGAUGCAACCAGGCUUUGCAACGGGUGCGCAGCCGGUCAUGCCUAAUGGAGCAAAUCUCAUGACGGGCGUCUAUGCAAAUGAUAUGCAGUUUUACGAAGACCUGAGCUUCGAAGGCAUGGCAUCGACGGGAUCCCUGGAGGGAUCGAGCAACGACUCUCCAAACAUGGACGGCGGCAACAUGGACUGGCAAGUCUUUGAUGAUAUGGUCAGCCAGUAUGGUUUCGAGGGGCAGACAGCGAAGACCGCCAACGCAACAGGUACCGGGCACAUGGGCCUGAUACAUUUCUUCUGA